UACAAAAAAAAGUCUGCGCGGGAUUGUUUAUAUUUACUCUGUUUGGUUUAGCUAGCCUUAACUGACCUAAAUGAUAAAGACAGACCACAGCUUAUAACGGAACUAUCAUCAUGGCAAAUUUUAAUAUAGCAGAAUUGCAACCAAAUCUGACUUGCCUUAAAAAUGUAGAUACCCUUCUCCGAUGUCCCAUUUGUUUCGAGUUCCUGAAUAUCCCAAUGAUGACAAAAUGCUCUCACAACUUCUGCUCUUUGUGCAUUAGAAAAUUCCUCUCCUACAAGUUGCUAUGUCCGGUAUGCAAUUCAAUUACAACAGAACAGGACCUUAGAAACAACCGGAUACUGGAUGACCUGAUCACAACUUUUCAAAUUGCAAGACAGCAGAUGUCGAAAGCUCAUUUUGACACGCCUCCAAUAUCGCCCAAGACUCCAUCCUCAACUAUCAAGUGUAAAACACCUGGAAUGUACAGGGGCCCCAAGAAGGAGGGCUCCAUCCUUAACCAUUUUUUCCAGAAGGCCCCCACGACCUCCUCAAGCGCUGUUACUACGGCGGCUGUGCCUACUCCCCGUGGAAAGAGACAGUCGGGCGCGCUUGAAUGUAGCCAAACUAUGAAGGAGAGCCCUCGUCAUACGCUCAAUGUGAAUGCAGACUCCAGUCUUCAGGUCUCUGUGAAGGAGGAGCCCAUGGAUUUGGAGAUACCAGCUCAGUCUGUGAAGAUGAGGAACAUCUCUACUGGUCUGGUGUCUCUUGCUAACUCACAAUCCACAUCACAGGAUAUCAAGCCUCUGAUUAAAGUCGAGUGUCCUGUGUGUUCCGUGGGGAUCUCUGAACAGUUCAUCAACAAACACCUGGACAUCUGUCUGACCCGAGGGGAGAAGCAUGACAGCCUUAGGAGCUCCCUAGGUGCUAAGCGGAAACCAAUGGGGAAGCUAGUGUACACACUGCUGUCCAUGCAGGAGCUGAAGAGGAGACUGAAAGAGUGCCACCUCUCUGUCCAGGGCAACAGAGAUCAGCUGGUCAGGAGGCACCAGGACUUUGUACACAUGUACAAUGCCCAGUGUGACGCCCUAGAACCAAAACCAGCUGAAAGUAUUGCUAAAGAAGUGGAGGCCAAUGAGAAGGCCAGGAACCAACUUAAAGGGAAAACCAAAAGUGCCAUGGUGUUCUCCAAGAAUCAAAGUGUGGCGGAAAUUGGUGAGAUCCAUUCGACCUACAUUAAGCAACACAGCCAUGAGUUCUCCCAACUCAUUGCAGAGGUCCGGGGUCGCCGGAAGACAACCAAGAAGAUGAAACAGGAAAUGGGGGUUUCCGGAGGAGAGGAAGGCCAGGGAGUGUGCUCAAGCUCCACAGACAAAGCAGCAGUACAGGAACAGAGUAAAGCCAUUCCAAAUGAACCAGGAGCGUACUGCCUAUUGAUGAGCACACCAGUUAAGGAGCCCUCUGAGGAGCAGCAUCAGCCUUCUCUUGAAGAUGUCAUCGCCAGGUCACCCAGUCCCUGUCUCAGUGACAGGUCAAUCAGCAGCUCCAUCUCUGAUGUCUUCGUUGACAGAUGCUUUGAGAGGUCAGCUCCAACUCAGGCCUGCCAAGGGGUUUGCAGUCCUGCCACCUCUGGUGGAACUAGCUCCCUCCUCAUGCUGGGACAACAGAGAAAAUGUCUGAUACCCUAACUUUUCAAAGAGUAUAUUAACAUAGACAUCUGCUUCACAAAUGUACUUGCUGUAACUGUUACAUGUGAAUGUUUUUUCUUUAUAUCCUUAGAUGCCCUAACUAUAAGUCACUGUGGAUAAGAGAAGAGCAUCUAAUGACUGAAAUAUUUAAAUGGUCACGCACUAAAGUUUUUUGGUGUGCAAUAGUAAUGUGUUUUAUGUAUAUCCCAACUCCCUGGGAGAGCCAAGCUUAACAGCAUCCCUGGAGAUCAAAUUAUUGCCUCUGGUAUUCAAAUUAGAAUUUUUUUUGUUACAACACGUUAACCGCUAUGCUACCUGGAAAAUAGAACAACAACGGUGAAGAUUUAGGGGAAAUAGACACCUGUUUCUGUCCAUUUGUCUGUGAAAUGUCCUACUAUAAGAAUGUGAUUUGGCCUUUAUGCUCCAUUAAUCUGGGGCUUGAUA